GGGCGCGCUCCCCGCGGCCCCGGGAUGACUUCUCCGGGCUCCCGUCUGGCGCCUUUGCUGCUCCUCUCUCUGCACGGCGUCGCAGCUUCCCUGGAAGUCUCAGAGAGCCCUGGGAGUAUCCAAGUGGCCCGGGGUCAGACAGCUGUCCUGCCUUGUACUUUCACUACCAGCGCUGCCCUCAUUAACCUCAAUGUCAUUUGGAUGGUCAUUCCUCUCUCCAAUGCCAACCAACCUGAACAGGUCAUUCUGUAUCAGGGUGGACAGAUAUUUGAUGGUGCCCCCCGGUUCCAUGGUCGGGUAGGAUUUACGGGUACCAUGCCAGCCACUAAUGUCUCCAUCUUCAUUAAUAACACUCAGCUGUCAGAUACAGGCACCUACCAGUGUUUGGUUAACAACCUUCCAGAUAGAGGGGGCAGGAACAUUGGGGUCACCGGUCUUACAGUUUUAGUUCCCCCUUCUGCCCCACACUGCCAAAUCCAAGGAUCCCAGGAUAUCGGCAGCGAUGUCAUCCUGCUCUGUAGCUCAGAGGAAGGCAUUCCUCGACCAACUUACCUUUGGGAGAAGUUAGAUAAUACCCUCAAACUACCUCCAACAGCUACUCAGGACCAGGUCCAGGGAACAGUCACCAUCCGGAACAUCAGUGCUCUGUCUUCAGGUUUGUACCAGUGCAUGGCUUCUAAUGCCAUUGGAACCAGCACCUGUCUUUUAGAUCUCCAAGUUAUUUCACCCCAGCCCAGGAACUUUGGACUAAUAGCUGGAGCCAUUGGCACUGGUGCAGUUAUUAUCAUUUUUUGCAUUGCACUAAUUUUAGGGGCAUUCUUUUACUGGAGAAGCAAAAAUAAAGAGGAGGAAGAAGAAGAAAUUCCUAAUGAAAUAAGAGAGGAUGAUCUUCCACCUAAAUGUUCUUCUUCUGCCAAAGCUUUUCAUACCGAGAUAUCCUCCUCAGAGAACAACACACUGACCUCUUCUAAUACCUACAACAGUCGAUACUGGAGCAACAUUCCGAAAGUUCACAGAAACACGGAGUCAUUCAACCACUUCGGCGACUUGCAUCAGUCUUUCUCUGUGCACUCAGGCAAUGUCAACAUACCAUCCAUCUAUGCUAAUGGGAACCAUCUGGUCCCAGCUUCACAUAAGACUCUGGUAGUGACAGCCAACAGAGGGUCAUCACCGCAGGUCAUGUCCAGGAGCAAUGGCUCAGUCAGCACGAAGCCUCGGCCUCAGCACACGCACUCCUACACCAUCAGCCAAGCAAUGCUGGAGCGAAUUGGCGCCGUCCCUGUCAUGGUGCCAGCCCAGAGUCGGGCCGGGUCCCUCGUAUAGGACAUGAGCAAAUACAGUGUUCAGAGAAGAAUCAGUGGAAUGCCCCAUAGAAGGAUGUGGGUGUGGUGGGCGAGUAUUGGGAAAGAAGCACUUUCCUUAUAAUGAUACUAGUAAAAAGCACAAAGAAGAAGACAAAUGCUGUUACCUGGCCACUGGGAUUUGUGAAAUGAACUGGAAUGUUCUGUCAUGAAGACUUUGUUUCCCCACCACACAUGUCCCAGGAUUCUAUUCAAUAAGCUGUAUCUCAAAGAUGUGCCAAGCCAAGGAAAAAGAUAUGAGCAGAAUAGCACUUAAAACGAAAACUGCAGUCCAGAUGGGUUUGUUCUUUAAUUCAUGCCUAACUUAAUAAUUUUUCAAGUGACUAAAGUGCCAGAUGGAGUUUAAA